UUCAGAAAUCGUCCGCUUGCCGACGUAUUUCGUUAAUGUCGCUCGUAUGCCAGACGGGUACUGCGUCUAAAUAAGUAAAGAUUUGUGAAGUUUGUGUAAUUAAAAAAUUAUAUAUCUAGCAUUUGAAAGAAUAUUUUGUUACUUAUAUUUUGUAUUCGUUAUCAUUCGUGGCAAUAUAACAAAUUAAGAAAAGAUAACUGAAGUCAAAAAAGUAGUAUUUCUUGUAUUUUGUUAUAAAAUAUAAUAAAAAAAAAAGAAAAUACGUAAAAAGUUCGAUUUGCCGAAAACGACUAAAAAUUUUGAGUUGCAAAAGUCAAGCAAGCGAAGAAAAUUUAACAACGCUGGCAUCUGUAAACGACAACAACAACAUAUCCUCAGUUUUAAUUGCAACAAAAAGAAGUGGCAAAAGUUAUAUUUUGGAUAGUCAAUAGACAACGUAAAAGAAAGAGUUUUCAAUACUGUUAACAACUUAUAAUUUGCUGUAUUUCGUCAACUUUUAUCAUGUAUGACCAUCACGAAGAAGAUAAAACUCCAAUACGUGCAGUUUUUAGUUUUGCUGAUGACGAUGAAGAAAUACGUCCACCGAAAACCAACUUUAUGCUAUCAGCCAACGCUCAGGAGUUUGUGCCAACUCACAACACUAAUAGUAUUCAAGAUCGUUUAUUGCAGAAUCAAAUGGGUGGCAAUUACUAUCAUCACAAUAAUGCACAUAAUACCCAAUAUCAAUCACGUCAUCGUCACAAUGGUUACCACCAACCAAAUAACUAUCAGAAUAAUUAUCAACGGCACUCAAGGCAUCAUAACAUGAAUCAUACCAGAAAUUAUCAGUCGCAUCAUGACCAACAUCAGUCACAGAUGAUGGCUGCUCAAAUUUCACAAUGCACUUCCUCAGUUCAAAACCGUUUACGCAUUGGUGACUCAAAGGAUAAAACUAAUAGUUACAAUCAGCAACAAAAUUGUCAACCGCCAGCAGCCAGUACCCCAGAAGUAGAAACCAUAGCUAUUGAUUACCUACAAGGCUGUAUAACGUGUCUAAAUGACAAUCCUGGUCAAUUUGAUACAAUAGCUACUCGUUUCCUAACAAUUUAUGAAGGCUUGGAAAAUAAUUGCAAUGUUAUUGCUAUAGCAAUGGAGAUUAUUUUCGAAGAGUCCAUUAAGAAGCCUAAUUUCCGAUACAUGGGUGCAAAGCUGUAUAAUUUGUUGCAUAUGUUAAACCUCAAGAAGGAUUCUUUGUUCCAUUUGUUACUUGAAGCUAAACUCAACCAUCAUCAGGAUGAAAUGAUGUCUAAGAUGAGAAGCAACCAAGAGCAAAUGGUACGCGAAACUGCGUUAUUUUUAGCUGAAUUAUACAUGCAGCUGCGCGGCGAUGAUACUCGCAUAUUACUUAUAGCUGAGAACAUAAUGCGCACUCUCAAAUUAUUAAUUUCUAAGGAGACUGCAGAUAAUGUACGUUGCAUAUGCCUUACAUUAAAGUUGGCAGGUUUUGACUUAACAAAAGAUUGCCCAGCCGAAAUGCAAGAAAUAAUAAACAUUUUAGAUGGCAUUAAUCAGAAAAAUCCAGGAAAAUAUCCAUUGGCAGUAAGCGUUAUUUCGUUGCAAAAAAAUAACUGGGGACGUAAGUGCAGUUCCUCUAAUUCUUUUAGUGAAUCGGAAAAGAUUCCCGAACCUUUACGCACUAGUGAUGAGCCGAUCUUCUAUGGUCCAGAUGGCCGCGAACUAACAGCCGAAGAAGCAGAGUUUCUUCAGGGAGGCGCAACAGGGGGUGGCUCAACCGAUGAUGAGGACCUUACCGAGUUAGAAGUAGAUUUCGACCCAGAAAUGGAUGAAGAGGCUGAGAAAGCAUUUAAGGAGUUCCGUCAGCAAAAAAGAAGUUGAAUGUGGAACGCUUGCAGCACACAAAAUUCAAAAACCAUUAACACAACUUAAAUUUUCUUUUGUGAUUUCUCUUUAUAUCGAUUUAUAUAUAUUACUAACCUGUUCAAUUUUUAAUUUAUUUGUAAAUUUUGAUUUUUAAUUAUUUUGGCAAAGCUGUAGGCAAAUUGAAAAUGUGAUAUUUUGCAAAACGUGCUGCGAAUUCAAUAAAUGUUUCUUUUCUUUUAUUAUUAA